AACCCGUGUGUUCCUCAUUGAAUUUGCCCGUUAUCAUUCACACAAUGAGAAUCAUUGCCUUCGACCCUGAGCUGAGCCACCAGGCAGUACGCAUUAGGCACCACACAGUGACGCUGAGUGGAGGAGUUGCUGUCUGCCGAUACUUCUUGCAGUGUUAAGGGCCUCUCAAGGAUGACUCAGGCAAUGCUGCUGAGGCUGUGGAGUCCUACUGGGUUGAGAGGGGGAGUGCAACGCUUCAUCAGCACCACAGCAAGUAACAAACAGCUGGCCGAAGUAACUCUACAGGAUGCAAAACCAGUCACUGACAUUCCGGGGCCAAUAAACUUCCCCAUACUGGGUUCCAUCCCCUCCAUGAUGAUGGACAAAGACUUCAACUCAAAAAGGCUUCUAAAAUUCUGGGCGUCGCUGAUGAAACGCUACGGGCCAAUUGUGAAGCUCGUCAACCCUGGCGUCUCACCAAUGAUCAUCGUGGCCAACCCCGAUGAUUGUGAGUUGCUCAAUAGAGUGACACAAAACCAACCAGCACGGACACCACUUGCCUCCCUCAAGCACCUCCGAGAUAACUGGACCGAUGACUACUUUGAUAAACGAGCAGGCAUCAUAGUGGAGAACGGGGACGAAUGGUGGCGGGUAAGGAGCCUCGUGCAGACCACCAUGCUGAAGCCCAUGGUGAUAAACGAGUACGUGCCUGAGUUGGAUGAUGUUUCCUGCACCUUCAUGGACAGGAUCCAAGAGCUGCAAGAUAAAUACGGAGAGAUGCCGGAUAACUUCCAAGACGAACUGUACAAAUGGGCGCUCGAAUCGGUGGGCAUAGUAGCGCUGGACCGACGGUUUGGAUGCCUGGGAGCGCCCGAAGGAUCCCUUGAGGCUCAGCAAGGAGAGGAACUCAUUAACCUGGUCAACACCCUCUUCUCCUCCCUGUCUGUGACGGAGAUGAGGACACAGUUCUGGCGUCUUUUCCCGACUCCUUCUUACAGGAGGCUUAAAAAGAACCACGGAAAACUACUCAAGGUAGUGGAACAGAAAUUGGACGAGUCAGUAGCAUAUUUACAGCAGAGAAAGGACGAGGAUCACAUGGGGAGGAAAUGCAGUGUGAUCCAGACGCUGCUCUCCAAGCCGGGACUUUCGAAGAAGGACGUGCUCACCUUCAUCAUGGACAUUAUCUUCGCAGGGAUUGACACGACUUCCCACACUAUGGCCUUCUGUCUGUAUCUUCUUGCGAGGAAUCCUGAGGCACAGAAGAAACUGCAGGAGGAGGUGGACCACGUGACAGCCGGCCUGCAGGGGCCCCUCACCUCAAAACACAUGGCGCACCUCUCCUACACCAAAGCCGUGAUCAAGGAAACGUUCAGAAUCUUUCCCCUCACCUUUGGGUUAGCAAGGAUCCUGAACAAAGACAUGGUGUUGCAAGGCUAUAGGAUCCCUGCAGGGUACAGCGUGUUCGUGUUAAAUUGCUUAAUGGGUUGGGAUGAGUCCAUGUACCCUCGAGCUAAUGAGUUCCUGCCUGAGCGGUGGAACAGAGCUCGUCCACUGGGCAAUAUCCACCCCUACGCCAGCAUCCCCUUCGGUGCCGGCCCUAGGAUGUGUGUGGGACGCCGUGUGGCUGAGCAGGAGAUGUACACACUGCUUGCCAGGAUGGCACAACGCUUCACCGUUGAAUACCACUACGAGGACAUAGAACAGCUAACCGGUCUGGUGCUCUACCCUUCACGGCCUCUUCGGUUCUCCUUCGUGCCCCGUUAGCAACAUGAGCACCGCCUUCCAACGCUACCCAUUGGCUUCCUUAAUCCCUAAAGAGAAGAAAAAAUGAUACUUGUAUAUAUUGAAAAAAAAAAAAAAAAGCUAUAUAAACAGUAAAUAGUCGAAAUAGGGCGCUAGACAUUUGCAUGCCUGUUCCACAGCAUUGUUGGCUUUUGGUUUCAGUCAGGCUGCCCUUUAAAUAUGGUUAUCCAUUUUUCCUAAGAAAUUACUGUACAUAUGUGUAAGUAUGUGUUUGUGUUUGUGUGUGUGUAUGUGUUUUUAUUUCUCUAGAACGAAAUCUUUCAAGAGAGUGAAAGAGAGAGUGUAUUUCCUGCCUGCAUGUUUACGAUCUUAGGAGAAAACUGAGGAAAGUUUUUAAAAAUAUUAUGGUACACUUAUGUAACUUGAAAUACGCAGUUAUUUGUACAUCAGUGUUUACCAGAUUUCUCCAGCAUGUAACCCCUUUCAGUAACACCACACCCGCCAUGUCCCACACGUUGGUAAGCUUUCUAAACACACUAACUUUCAAUGUUGCAGAUACAUUUAAAUGAUUAAUCACAGCAGAGAAAUCCAUAAAAAAAAAAAAAAAUAAUAAUAAUAAUAAAAAAAAAAAAAAAAAACAAUAUGUAUAUAGUACAUGGAGGUGAACUCUUCAUGACUUAGAGAAAAAGGCUGAUGACACCUCUGGGGGUCAUGAGCUUUAGUUUGGGAACUUCUGUUGUACGCAUAUGUUUCUCUCUGAGAGUUAUUGUUUUUAAUGCAAAAUAAUAAUCACACAAUAAUAAUAAUAGUC